AUGAACUCUUUCAAAUCAAUGCGGGUACUGCGAGUAUUCACAGUUCUCUACAGGAACGAGUACACUAAGGUCAUGAUGUUGUCUCUGAACGCAUCCGCGCACCCUCUCAGUUUGCUGGUGCUGGCUGCAUUAAUGGCGGCUCUGAUUUUCGGAUCCCUGAUCUACGUGGCUGAGUUAUCUUUUGGCACGUACAGCUUCAAAAGUCUGGCCCAGGCAACGUGGUAUGGGUAUGAAACCAUGACCUCGAUUGGUUAUGGCGAGAUCCUGCCUAAUUCCAUUCCCGGCUACAUCGUGUCCCUCUUUUGCGGCAUGUUUGGGGUGAUUCUGUUGUCAAUGCCUAUCGCCAUCAUGAGUGAGAGUUUCCAGCAGUACAUGGUUGGUCUCCGGAUACACAAGCAUCAGUUGGCCCGAGUCUACUAUAAGAAUAAUCAGGGCCAAAAGAACGCUGUCAGGUCAGUUAUUCUAUCAGCAUAUGUUUUUUAA